UAGGUUCAGGAGGGACGGAUGAGGGUUAAAGUUGUGUAAUUGUGUUUUCACUACAGAAAUGAAUGCCUGUUUAGUGGACAAUGGAGGAUGUGACAAAAAUGCUUAUUGUAUGAAAACUGGACCAAACAGGGUUGCAUGUGCAUGCAAGCCUGGUUUUAUUUCUCUAGGUCAUAGAUGUCUGCCAGUUAAUCCUUGUCGGAAGAAUAAUGGCGGCUGCAGUAUUAAUGCUGUUUGCAGAUACCUUGGGGAGGGGGAACAUAAUUGCACAUGCUAUAUCGGCUACAAAGGAGAUGGUUUUAAGUGUGCAGGGACUGUCAGUAGAGAGAUUCUUCAUAUGCCUGAAGCAGCAUGGUUGAGAAGAAAUAUUGGUGUAAUGAGAGUCCGGGAUCUGUACAGUCAAGGCCCUUUCACUGUUUUUGUUCCUCAUAUCAUCACCAGUGAUGUUGAGUGCUCCAAUGGAGUCAUGCAUUUCAUAGACAAGGUCCUUUUUCCAUACGAUCUAACGGGCAAGGCAGAUAUCAACACCGGUUUGAACAUUACCGCAGCUGCUGAACAAUAUGGCUUCAAAAUCUUCAGCAAGCUCCUACAGGAUGCGGAAUUGAUGCAUGUGGUGAAGCAUCAACCCUUUUAUCCAUUCACCAUGUUCUGGCCAACAGAUGACGUUUUUAACAAACUCCCUGAGGACAGAAAGAAAUGGCUGUACAGCGAAGACCAUCGUGAUAAGCUACAAGCCUACCUCAAAGCUCACAUAGUCCGUGACCAGAGG